AUGGCCGCCCCCGCAGUUGUUCCCUUCAUCAUCAACGGUCAGGACGUCGAGACCGAGACCAAAUUCGAUGUGACCAGCCCUGUCAACGGCAAGGUGAUCCAUCGCGCCAGCGCCGCCUCUGUCGACGAUGCCAAACGCGCGGCGGACGCGGCGCAGGCUGCGUACCCCGCGUGGAAGAAGAUGAAGCCGUCGGAUCGCCGUGAUAUCCUGUUGAGAGCGGCCGAUAUCAUGCAGGCUCGUCAGGAGGAAUUGAUCCGGAUCCAGCUGGAGGAGACGGGUGCGAGCAGGAUAUUCGCGCAGAUGACCUCGAUGUUUGGCUUUACUCUGAUCCGCGACUUUGCCGGCAGGAUCUCGUCGGUGGAAGGUCGAGUGCCCGUCGUGGAGGAAGAGGGACAGAGCGCCAUCGUCUACAAGGAGCCUUAUGGUGUGAUUCUGGGAAUUGCCCCUUGGAACGCUCCUUUUAUCUUGGGAACUCGAGCUGUCGCGAUUCCCCUGGCCGCUGGUAACACCGUCGUUCUCAAGGGCUCAGAGUUGGCACCCAAGUGCUUCUGGGCUAUUGGCGACAUCUUCCGGGAAGCUGGUCUCCCCGCUGGAUGUCUCAAUGUCGUCUACCACCAGGCUUCGGACGCUCCAGCCGUCACGGAAGCCUUGAUCGCCCACCCCGCGGUGAGGAAGAUCAACUUCACUGGAAGCACCCCGGUCGGAUCAAUUAUCGGAUCGCUUGCGGGAAAGUACAUCAAGCCGGUGCUGCUCGAACUGGGUGGCAAGGCCGGUGCGCUUGUCUUGGAUGACGCUGAUCUGAACAAGGCUGCUAUGGGCUGCACGAUGGGUGCCUUCAUUCAUGCUGGCCAAGUGUGCAUGUCAACAGAGCGCAUCAUCGUCCAGCGCAGCAUCCUGGACAAGUUCCGCCAAGUCCUAACGGAGACGGCCGAGAAGGUGUUCGGGAAGGACGCGCCGGCACCGAUGUUGGUGAACAGUAUCCCGGUCGAGAAGAAUCGGAGGCUUAUCGCCGAUGCAGUCUCCAAGGGUGCAAAGGUCAUCUGGGGAGACCAUGAGGCCCGGGAGGCUAGCGAGGCGAGUAUGCGACCGCUGAUUGUCGAGAAUGUCACCAAGGAGAUGGACCUCUUCGCAACCGAGUCCUUUGGCCCGACCGUGUCUCUGCUGGUUGUAGACACUGAUGAGGAGGCGAUUGAAUUGGCCAAUGCCACCGACUAUGGCCUGACUGCCUCCGUCUACACGGAGAAUCUGGCCCGCGGCUUGAAGAUUGCAAAGCAGAUCGAGUCUGGCGCUGUCCACAUCAACUCUCCCACCAUCCACGACGAGCCUGUGCUGCCUCACGGCGGAGUGAAGAGCAGUGGUUUCGGCCGGUUUGGAGGCUCCUCUGGCCUGGAGGAGUUUAUGGUGACCAAGUCGGUUACCUGGAUCGACUAA